AUGAGCAGUAAGCAAAGCAAACUAUGGAUAUCAAGGUCGGAUGCGGCAAUAUUGCGCUUUAAGGUAAUGGAGCACUUGGGUAGUGUCUACGUUGGUGAUUAUGCAAAUAAGAGGAUGGAAGGAAAUGGAAGUUAUAAGCUACCUACAGGGUCCAUUUAUGUUGGAGAGAUGAAAGAUGGGAUGUAUCAUGGGGUGGGAAAAAUUACCUACCCCGACGGUGGGCAGUUCGGAGGCAUAUUUUCGAAAGGAUACCCUGUUUCUCUCGUAUUAAAUUGCACAAAAAAUUUAACGGCAAAAUCCUACUUUAAAGGCGCCGAGAAUCUUGCAGAUGGACCAAAGCGAGGAAUUCCUGAUGGAUAUUAUGACAUUGGUGAUGGUUUUUACGAUCCACAGACUCGAACUGUAUAUGAUUAUAAGAUGCGAUUUCUUAGGAAUGCUGAUGUUGCAGAACAUGAAUGGGCAAUAACACAUGGCCGUAAAGGAUGGGAUGAGUUUACAAGAGGUCAGCCCAACCUUUGCAGGCCAGAACUUUCAGAUCCUCGACUAAAUGAUCUGGACUGGAACAAAUUAAAUGAGCCAGAAUCGUACUUGGAGUACGUUCGGUUGUUGAAUGCUCGGAAGCACUAA